AUGGGGUUCAUCGGUGUUUAUACCGCCAUAUACGACUACCAACCGCAAGCGCACGGUGAAUUAGAGCUCCGUGAAGGCGAUCUGCUUUAUAUCCUCGAGAAAAGCGCCGAGGACGAUUGGUGGAAGGCUAAAAAGAAGGCGGACCGGGACGACGAAGAUGAGCCCGAGGGUCUAGUACCAAAUAACUACGUCGAGGAGGCCACGCCGGUUCAUACCGCGAAAGCGCUAUACGACUACACACGUCAGACAGAUGAGGAGGUAUCUUUCUCAGAGGAUGCAAAUUUGGUGGUGUACGACACCUCGGAUCCGGACUGGACCUUGGUUGGAGUUAAUACAGACUUCGGAUUCGCUCCGUCAAAUUACAUCGACAUUCUUGAAGACUCUGUAGCUCCGAAUCACGCAUCACCCGAGCCUCCCUCUCCAGCUGCUGCUUCCCCAAUUCCCGUGCCCGAACCUCCCAGCCUUCCGCAGCGCCCGGGGCCGGCUCCCAUUGAAGAACCUCGCUCGCCCGUCUCGAGCUCUCCCGGGGAUGCUGUCCAGAACCCCGCUGCGGCAGCGAUAGCCAGUAUACUUCACCAACAGAAUCUUUCUCCCGGGUCGUCCAGAGAUGUUCCCCCUCCCCCACAACCCCAGGCGCAGCCAGAAUCGCAAUACCGCGAGCCUUCACCUUCCCCACCCCGUCUGCCUGAAAGGCCCCGUUCGGAACAAGUGUCAUCUCCUGUCCGUCUCGAGUCGUCUGCGCCUUCGCCGAUCCCUCAUCCUCAACCUGUUUCGAUACGGGAGAACGAUGGUGGCCCGCGGGAAUCCCCUCCAUAUAAUCGGGUUGGAAGGACGGCGCCACGAUCUCCAUCCGGAUAUCAUAUGUACAACAUCAACGAGAUGGUCGAGGUUAUGGGCAAAAGAAAGAAGAUGCCCACGACACUAGGAAUCAACAUUGCCACUGGAACUAUCUUCAUAUCACCCGAGGAUGAUGGGGAUGUGCAGGAGUGGACUGCGGAGAAGCUUACCCACUAUUCCAUUGAAGGGAAACACGUUUUCAUCGACCUCGUUCGGCCCAGCAAAAGUGUGGAUUUCCAUGCCGGGGCCAAAGACACGGCCCGUGAGAUUGUUUCGGCGCUUGGUGAAAUUUCCGGGGCAUUCCGCGCUGAAGGUUUGCGGGAAGUUAUUGCGGCAGGUGCCGGCGGCGGUGGCGCGCAGAAGAAGGGAAAUAUUUUGUAUGACUUUAUGGCCCAGGGUGACGAUGAAGUAACGGUUGGUGUGGGCGAUGAGGUGAUUAUCCUAGAUGACACUAAGUCUGAGGAAUGGUGGAUGGUGCGGCGCAUCAAGAAUGGUAAGGAGGGUGUGGUUCCGAGCAGCUAUGUCGAAGUGAGCGGUUUCGUCUCGCCGCCUCCAACGACGACUCCUAUCGUGCUUGAGGAGAUUCGGGCAGCUGCACCGCAAAGUCCCACACGGCAGCACCACAAGAAGGACAGCAAGAGUAGCCCGAGAUCCAAACCUGAUCCGGCAAAGGUUAGGACAUGGAUUGACCGGUCUAAAGCAUUCACUGUAGAGGCUCAGUUCAUCGGAUUGCAGGAUGGCAAGAUCCAUUUGCAUAAGACGAACGGGAUCAAAAUCGCAGUGCCAAUCCCGAAGAUGUCGUUUGAAGACUUAGAAUACGUCGAGAAGGUUACCGGAGAAUCUCUUGACGAAGACAAACCAUUGUCUGACCACAUUCGGCGCAAAUCGCAACAACCCAAACCCGACAAAACCGACAAAGUAAGAGCGUCAAAUGAUGGGAAAUCCGGCGCCACUUUUCAGCAGUCCGAUUACGACUGGUUCGAUUUCUUUCUCAAGGCUGGCGUUGGUCCUCAUCAAUGUGAGCGGUACGCACAGAAUUUCGCCAAAGACUCGAUGGACGAAGGUAUCCUUCCUGAUAUCACCCCCGAGACUCUGCGUACAUUGGGUCUGAAAGAAGGCGACAUUCUGCGGGUCAUGCGCUACCUGGACAAUAUGUUUGGGCGGACAGGUGGUAAAUCGAAGCUGCGCAACGUGAGCUUUGGCGGGGAAGAAGUGCUGGGUAACGGUGACGGCUCUGGUGGUCUUUUUGCUGGACCUGGCGGAACACUGCACAACAACACUACCCGACCCCGUCCAGCGCCGGCCGUGCAGACCAAGGAUGUCGUUGAUCCGAAAGUGUUUGAGCAAAAGGAUGCGGCAAAGCCGGCCGAAACACCCAGCAGCAGCACCCCUCCACCGGCUCCUACCGCCCCUAUCGAGAAGCCUGUUCAGAAGGGAUUCGACGACGAUGCGUGGGAAGUCAAAACUACCAAGCAACCGACAGGCCCAGCCCCAGCUGUCAGCUCGCCACCCGCAGCAACACCCGCCGCGGCGAGCCCUCCGCCUGUCCAACCGGCGAUCACCGGAGCUAUGGCAGAUCUCUCACUCCUCCAAGCGCCCCUUCAGCCAACUCCUGCGCAACCGGCGCCCGCCCCUGCUCAAUCGCCCCCGGCGGCACAGCCUAUUCAAGCCCAGCCAACUGCGAUCCCUGCGCCUCAACCGCAGCAGUCAGGCGCCUCCCCCAACUUUUUCGCGCAAGUGGCACAGGUUGGUCAACAACAGCCUAUGCAGACCGGCUUUCAGCAGCCUAGACAACGCCCACAAGCACCUCAGGGCAUGGGCCAAAAUUCCCUUAUUCCACCUCCGCCUCAACGACCACUAUCUGCACCUCAGAACAUGCCUCAACAACAGCCUUUCGGCCUGCCUCAACUGCAGCCGCAGCUAACUGGUCUCCCCCAACAAGGUCCUCAGCUUGCUGCUCCUGGGCAGAGUCUGGCCAGUCUAGGUCAGCAGGGCUUCCAACCUCCGCAACAGGGUUUCCAGCCUCCGUUCCAACCGCAACAGACCGGAUUCAUGGCUCCAAACCAGUUCCAGAACGGACUGAUGCCGCAGCCGACAGGUUUCCAGCCUCAAUCGCAGUUCGGGAUCCAGCAACAACAGACCGGGUUCGGUCUUGCACCACAGCAAACCAGCUUUGGAGGAUUCGGCGCCCCGCCCCAACAACCAAUGGCAACCGGCAUCAACUCUGUUCUUCCUCCUGCAUUGCAACCUCAGCCUACCGGUUUGAACGGCUCGGGCUCUAUGGCUUACUCUCCGUCUCCUCCCCCUAUUCCACCCAUUCCGCAGCAACAUACAAUUGCGCCACUGCAGGCUCAGAAGACCGGCCCAGCCCCUCCCGUGCGGUUUGGUGUCAAGCCUGACGCUCCCAAGAAGCUUGCGCCUCAGCCGACAGGGAUGAAGGCGAAUCUUUCGCAAGCCACACCUACCAACCCGUUCGGCUUCUAG